UAUUUUAAUAAGUUAAAACUGUCGUAUUACAUGAGCGUUUUAAACACGCUCGUAUGUGAGUAUUCAUCUGUGUCGCGCGCUUGCACUGUUAACGUUAGCCAGACAGCAAGCCGGCUAACAAAAUGCUGCCUAAAAUUGAUGUUUUUAACAUUAAUGAUUUGUAUAUAUGUGCAGCAUUUCACUCAUAUUUACAACCUACAGUGGUAUUAGUGAGUAUGAUCAUAUUCGCCGACGAAGAAAGUGGUUAACGUUAUAAUGGCGGAGUUUGGAGAUGUUAGCCAGCAUGCUAACAUCCUUGCACGCAAAUUAGAGCCGGAUGUUCUAAAGCAUCGAUGCAUUGGGGAAACUGAGACCCAUGGCAAAGUGGUUUAGAGAUCACCUGAGUUUUGGCAGCAGGAAAGGACCACCGCAGCCUCCCAAACCGGACUACACUGAAAGCGAGAUCCUCCGGGCCUACAGGACUCAGAAAGACCUGGACUUCGAGGACCCGUACGAAUCCUCCGAGCACCGGGUUGUAAACGGCUCUGGCUCUAUAGAAACUUUCCCGACAUUCAGUACAGUGCUAUCCAACGGCGUGGAGGUGAAGAUCGUCUCUCCCAAACACAGACUGAUCAAAGUGGAAUCUCAGGAAUUCGGGCGCAGCAAAACGCCGCUGAACAUCGUGACCUUUGAGGAACCGCAGACCCCUGUGGUUCCUUCGGCUCCUGUGGUUGGAGAGACGGAUUACUCUGACCCGUUUGACGCCAGGCCAGACCCGCGGCCCAGACCCGGCUGGGAGCAGAACGCAGUAGAGGCCUGCAGCAGUUACAUGGAGCCGUUUGAGGCCCAGCGAUUCAUAAACGAGCUCCAGCACAGUUCAGAACAGGGCAGGAGCAGCCCGCAGCUCUAUGACAGCCCAUAUGAGGAGCGCGUUCGGCCCCGGGCCCCUGUGGAGGAUGAGAGAGAGAGCCGUCUGCCCCAGGAUGAUGAGCGGCCUGCAGAUGAGUACGACCAGCCCUGGGAAUGGAAGAAAGACAACAUCUCCAAAGCCUUCGCUGUGACGUUUGAAGCGGCGGACUGGGAUCAGUGUACUCUUCCCUGUGACGAAGCACUAAGGAAAGCAGGAGUAUCCAGAAUCAGCCCUCCAUCCAGCGGAGCCACCAGUUUACGCAAACCCCACGGCAUCCUGGGAGAGAGAGUGGAUCCAAUGCUGCCCCUGGAGAAGCAGGUGUGGUACCAUGGUGCAUUGACACGCUCAGAAGCCGAAUCUCUGCUCACGCUGUGUAAAGAGUGCAGUUACCUGGUCAGGAAAAGCCAGACCAGUCGAAAUGACUAUUCCCUCUCUCUCAGGAGCUGCCACGGGUUCAUGCACAUGAAGUUCUCUCAGUCUCGUGACGGAAAGUUCAUCCUGGGUGAAAACAGUCCUCCAUUCGACUCCAUCCCUGAAGUCAUUCAUUUCUACACCACAAACAAACUGCCCAUCCGCGGAGCAGAACACCUGUCGCUGCUGUUCCCGGUGCUGGUGCAGACGCUUUGAGACACACACACACACACACACACAUGCACACAAACACUCAGGGCUUCGCUCAGACGGCGACUAUAGUGCUUAACGUUUAAUAGCCGUGUUUCCACUGUUGAGUCAAAGUCAACUGUUAGCAAAAACCUGCCAUUAACACUUCUUAAUUAGGCAAAGUCAUUCAUCAGCAAGAAAAGUAUAUAGCAAAAUAAACAAAUAGAUGCAAGUGUUUGGUCUACAUGCUGUGUCACAAUUUGCAUACUUGAAAGAUCCUUGAUUAGUAUUGGAAAAAACAAUUAGUGUCCCAAAUUGUAUGUUUAAACGUAUCUUUAGUAUCUUUUUGAGUAUUUCAGAGUUACCUGGAGGGUUUGAAGUGCAAGCUAAUGACUAAUAUUGGCCACAAUAAAUUCAGUGUUUUUAAAAAACUGCAAAAAUGGUGGAUGUUUGAGACUGACUGUUAAUCAGAGAGAGGCUUAGGUUAAAGUUUAACCUGAUUAUAAAUAUUUUAAUGGUAUCCACAGUAUAUUUCAUCAGCAACAGCAUUGUGAAGAUACAUUUGGUCUGAAAUCACAAUUCUGCAAACACACAAGGAGAUUUCUCUGCAUGAAAGACUCACAAAUGGCAAAUAAUCAACGUGUUAUUUCAUCCACAGCAGUGCUUCUCAACCACGUUCCUGGAGGACCACCAGCACUGCAUGUUUUGGAUGUCUCCUUUCUCUGUUACACCCAUCACAGGUCUUUCAAUCUCUGCUCAUGAGCUGAUGAUCUAAAUCAGGUGGGUUUGGUUAAGGAGACAAGGAAAAUGCGCAGGGCUGGUGGUCCUCCUGAAACGUGGUUGAGAAACGCUAAUCUACAGUAUAGGAAAUUAAUUAUAAAAGAAAUGUGGAGCAUCUGACAAGAUGAUUGACAGUCAGUUGAUUAAUGAUGAAGAAUGUCUCAGUGCUUGCAUACUUUACUGUUAAGCCUCCAUUCCACUGCACACAACAAGCGACAGACCGGAAAUCAUUCAUUUCCAAUGGAGAGUAGUCCGGGAGCUUCCUGGAAUUCCAAUCAUCUCCGUAUGCGGAAAAUUCGGAUUCGAUUUGAGCUGCGGAUAUGUUGAAAUAUUUGAACUUCUGCGACUAGACUGUAUGCCACCGGCUGACCGGAUGUGAUGUAAUAAUAAUAAUUCCUUACAUGUAUGUAGUGCUUUUCUGGGCACUCAAAGCGCUUUACACAUAGGGGGGAAUCUCCUCAUUCGCCACCAGUGCGCAGCAUCCACCUGGAUGACGCAACGGCAGCCAUUUUGCGUCAGACCGCACACCACACAUCAGCUGAUUGAUGGAGAGGAGACAGAGUGAUAAAGCCAAUUAUGAUAUGGGGAGGGUUAGGAGGCCAUGAUGGACAGAGGCCGGUGGGAAGAUUUGGCCAGGAUGCCGGGUGAAACCCCUACUCUUUUCGAAGGACAUCCUGGGAUUUUAAUGACCACAGAGAGUCAGGACCUCAGUUUAACAUCUCAUCUGAAUAACGGCGCUCACUUAGCAGUAUAGAGUCCCCGUCACUAUACAUGGGCAAUAGGACCCACAUAAACUGCAGGUUGGGCCUCACUAACACCACUUCCUGCAGCAACCUAGCUUUCCCAUGUGGUCUCCCAUCCAGGUACUGACCGGGCUUAUCCCGGUUUAGCUUCAGUGGGCGACCAUGUGAGUGUUGCAGAGAGCUAGCUGCCGGCUGUAUUGUAUUUUAGUGUUGUCCAAGCAGGUCUGUGCGCACAAGAUGAGAAAUAGGAGUUUUUCGUUAUUUUUUGAUUCGGAAAAAAAUUCUAUAUUAAAAUAAAACAUUUCUAUUCAUAAAUGAGUAAUAAAAAUACACUUUUUUUUCUUCAAGUCUCCACCUUCCCUCCAAAAUUUUUAGGGGCCUAUGAGUUUCUAGUAUUCAUUCAUUGAUUUAACCAUAGUCAACACACAGAGAAUAAAGGCUCUUGCUUUUGUACUCUUUUAUUUCGGACACUGCGAAAACAGCUUCUCUCUCAUGGUGCGCGACCAAACUGAAAAUUCUGUGCGACUGCCACAGGGGGGCAUAUUCCAUCGGUCGUGUCCAAAUGUCGUGUGCAGUGUAAAGGCGGCUUUACACACUCAAAAGUUUGUACUUUAUCUUCACAAUAAGAGUACAUACUUGUAGGCUGGAGUAUAAGUGGGUGAAUUGGAAUGCAGCAUCAGCAUAUAAGCAAUAAUUAAAACAGCAAUUCAUUUGUAUCAGUAGUCCACCUCAAACAAAUAGAAAAGAGAAAAAACACAGCCUAAUUUAGAUUCUGCUUCUUUGAAUCUCUUUAUUUAUUUAACCUCUACUCACUUAUUUUUACUACACUAUUUCUGGACUUUUGUUUUCACACCACAACUGCAAUACUAUUCCUGUUAGUUUGAAGAUUUGAGGAUAAAAUGUAGACCGACCAAAGUAUUUAUUAAGAGAUUUUCUAAAUACUAAACCAAUGAUGUACAGCAAAAAAAAUAAAAAUAGUAGGUGAAUUGGGACACAGCUUUACAGCGUCAACAUUUAACCAAUAAUUCUAAAGCACAUUUAUUCAU